AUGACAAACUCCUUCGGCUUCCACAACAUGGGCCAGCCUCAAGACGGCGCCGACAACGUCAAGAUGCCGUCGCCGGCUUCACCUUUGCAAGACGCCGCACAAGCCUCGUCGUCUUCCUCACAUCACCAGUCCGGAAACGUCACCGUCUAUCACACUACAGGCCCCGAUGCCUACACCAGCCCGAUUCCGGCGCCGGGAAGCUCUGGACAUCCCGCCUUGAACCCCAGAUCAUGCGUCACUUGCCGUCGGCGCAAGGUUCGUUGCGACAAGCAGAUGCCCUGCUCCAACUGUCGCCGUGCACAAAUUCCAUGCGUCUUCCCCGCGCCUGGUCGUGCGCCUCGCCAGCCUCGACCAAAGGAUCCUAACGCACCGCCCAAGGCGUCAAGUCACCGGGAGGCGGAUUUGAUCAAGAGAUUGAGGAAGCUGGAGGGUAUGGUGGAAGAGCUGAGCGGUGGUCACAAUGAUGAGCCUGCUGGCCGCGGCACCUCGACUGCCACUUCUCCCGACAUGCAGCCUGGUAUGGAAGGCCUGCCGCAGCGUCACAUAUCGAGCGGCUUGGAUCAUCUCGCUGGCCAGGAGGAUUGCCCGAGAGGAACCGACUCACCGGCUGGUCACGGUGGUGAAGGCGGUCCAAAGGAGAAGCAGCCAACUUUCGGUCGUCUGGUCUCGGAUGACCAACGAGGCACCUCUCGCUACGUGAGCAGCGGAUUCUGGUCAAAACUUAAUGAUGAGCUGGAUGCCAUUCGCGAGGAAACUCAACGCCUCCCAGAUGAAGACGCUGAAGAUUCAGACUUUGAGGGGACACCGACAGACUCACCAUCUACAGGCUUUGGUAACAUCACAGAUCACCAAGGUUUCAUUUUGGGUUAUCGAUCGGCGGAUGUGAACCUACAACAAUGUCAUCCGCUGCCGUCUCACUCCGCCUUUUUGUGGUCGGUGUACAAGGAGAACGUCGAACCUCUCAUUAAACUCAUGCAUGUCCCUUCCGUCGAAUUAAUCCUUCAAGAUGCAAGGAGAAACCAUGGCAGGCUCACUCCCGGCAAUGAGGCGCUGGUAUUUGCUAUUUACUUUGCAGCCAUCACCUCACUGGAGCCAGAUGAAGUACAAGCCAACUUGGGUGCAAACAAAGAUGACAUGAUCGCUCAAUAUCGCUUUGCCGUGGAGCAAUCCCUGGCUAAAGCCAACUUUCUUGAUACGUCAGACCUUGCCGUCCUUCAAUCCUUCGCCCUCUUCCUCAUUGUCGUACGACGCCACGACGACAGUCGUUUCUCUUGGUCUUUGACUGCACUGGUAAUUCGAAUCGCCCAGGGCAUGGGCCUGCACAGAGAUGGAACUCACUUGAAGCUGUCUCCGUUUGAGACGGAGAUUCGCAGACGUCUGUGGUGGGCGAUUCUAGUCUUGGACCUCCGUUCUGCCGAGGAACUCGGAACCGACAUGACUAUUAACGAGGGCUCCUACGACACCUUGAAGCCAAGCAAUAUUAACGAUUCAGAUAUCAGCCCCGGAAGCACCGAGUUUCCCCUCCCUCGAGAGGGAAGAUCUGACUCCGCCGUGUCCAUCGUUAGAUGUGAGAUUUGUGGGCUCUCCAGACGUCUUGUUGCCGCCGCCUCGGCCAUGUCAUCUUCCUGUCCUGGAGUCGACCAAACCACCAUUGCUGAGCGAGAGCGCAUGCUCAUCGAGGUGUAUCAGCGUGUUGAACACAAGUUCCUUCAGCACGUUCUGGACGAGACAGAUCCGCUGUAUUGGGUAGCAGCCAUGAUUGCUCGCGUCAUCGUGGCCAAAAUGUGCCUUGUUAUCUACUAUCCCGUUCUCUUCCCCGGCUCCGAGUUCGAACUCUCAGACGAGAUCCGCCAGCGCAUCUACGUCGCUGCUAUCGAGGUGAUUGAGUAUAACCACAAGCUUAACACGGAUCCUAGAUGCAAGCAGUACCGGUGGCUGUUUAAGACGUACACAAACUGGCACGCCAUCGCCUACAUAUUGAUUGAAACAUGUCGACGCCCGUGGACGGCCCUGGUCGAGCGUGGUUGGGACGCCACUACCGGCUACGACAUCGAUCCUCUUGAACUAGCCAAACGGGCAGAUCAUGCAGCGGUCUUUCUCCCUCUGCGAAAACUAUUCGCCAAGGCCCGCAAACACCGUGAAUCGGAACUUGCUCGCUUGAGAGCCAACCAGGACGAAGCCCGUCGGCUGGAUUUUGCAGAGCGCAUGAACCCUGCACACGCACGUUUUGGUCCCGUCCCUGGCGCCGAAAACGUCAUGGAACAGAUGCGGGAGAAGUGGUGGUCUCUCGUUCGCCCCGGCGGAUCCAGCCCUAUGCCAUCAUAUUCCAUCGUCCGCCAAGCUGCUUCCUCCCAGGAAACCCCGGCCACGACAGUCGCCCCUGGCAGCGAUACCCUGAACUUACCGGGCAAUAUCCCCGUACAGCUUAACGUCUCUAACGCGGCCAUGGAAUACAUGGAUGAACUCAUGGCCGAGCCAAACCCGAGCAUGGCUGAACUCUGGCGGCUAGACAACCUCGCCGACAAUGGCGAUAAUUUGGGCGCAUCGGGACCGGCACGGGCCCCCCAUAUUUCUCCUCAGAAUAUCCUGGGCCAGGACGCUUUUCAACAGCAGGCACUCACCUUGCAGGCGCAGCCACCCAGGGACGAUAACCUGCCGUCAUCUUUGUGGAGUGCUCCGUUUACUGUGAUGAAUACACAGUUUGAUGUGGCGGAGGACGCUGAUAUGCUGGGGGAUGACUUUAAUUGGCAACGUUGGAGUCAGAGACUCAGGGGCUUGGAGAUAGGGAGUACCCAGACACCCGACGGUUGGUGA